GGAGAGAGGGAGGGAGGGUUGGAACUUCCAUGUGGCAUUCAUAAAACUCGACAUGCAUCUAUUGGUAGUGUGAGCCUGGAUGGAAUAUUGCAGUGUGGUGGGUGGGCCGAACAAAGGCAGUAAAGGUACAGGAGACAGACAGGAUGGAGAGAGAUUGGAAAGUAGAAGACCUACGUGAAUAUUUCAGACGCCAUAACUUUAUGUCAACGCGUGCUUCUGAGGCUACUGGAAACCCAAAACUAACUUACAUGAGUUGUCUCACUAUGCCUGUCUAUGCUAGAAUAAUGUCUGGCUAUUCCACAGAAAUGGUUUGAAAAGACUAUUUUUUAUUUUCUCUCCCCAUCUCUUAGUUUGUGAGAAAAUGAUUCACCUGACAGUGUAAGACAUUUCAUGUUCUUCCUUGCCGUCUCUCAGAGCACACUUGGGAAUGAAUUUCACUUAAGGACUUUUACCAGUGUAGACUAUUUCUAAUCUAGAUUUCCUACCUCAUCAAAUUAUUAAAUGGAUGCUUUAAAAAGAGAACCCCAAAUGCCUGUUUAAUGAGGCCACUGAAAUGCAUGUGCUUAGCAAUCGCUAAAAGAACCACAAUAUUUUUGGCUACAUCUGUUAUGUAAUGCUGUACCCAGUUGCGUUUUUAAGUUACUGAUUAUACUGCAGAUCAAAGUUUGCUACGUGUAGUAUCCAGAGCCUCACUAGAAGUCGAUGUUUAAUAUAUUUCUUGGUUAAAUGAUUUCAAAGUUAAAUCUCUUGAGAAGUCACUGGAUGGUGAGACGAGCACAGAGAAACCAAAGCUCCUCUGAUAUAAUGAAUGUUCGGCAAUGCGUCUACUUUGGGCGUGUCAUUCCUUACUUACCUGUGAGGUAGAGAGUGAUGUCACUUCGUUUUAAAGCGGUGUUCAAAAUAAUUAAUGUAACAGUGAUUGUAAAACAAACUGAACCACAGUGGAAAAUUCAAAGUAGAAGGUGAUGGGUAAUAGAAAAUAGGAAUAUGGAGCAAUGAUUACCCUUGUCUGCCAGUGUGUGCUCCUCUUCUCUCUGCUGCAGCGAAUCAAAGAGAUUCAUCAGUAGGACUUGGCGGAGGAGUUGGGAGUAUUCAGGGUUAGAAAAACCACCGUCAUGCUGUCCCUCUUUUAAAAUAAUUGUUAAUGUACUUUUAAAAAACAUUUUAAAAAAGAUUUAUUUUAAACUUUAUUAUAAAAAAGCUGCAAAUAAAAAAAUACACCAAAAUUAACCAGACCCAAAGUCUAUAUAUAGCCCUGUGAAUGCUUAUACAGUUAUUUUUAUUUACCUAUUUUUAUUUUAUGUGCUUGUGCAUGCAUGUAUGUAAACACAUCUCGAGACUAUCUGGUGCCUGAAGAAGAAGUGGACAUCUGAUUUCUUGGGACUAUAGGUACCUGUGGUUGAGAGCCAACAUGUAGGUCCAAAGGCAGAAAAUGGUUUUCUCUCUUCAGCUCCUGUUUUUAGUUUUGAAAGUAUGUGUGUGUGUGUAUUUACUUAUAUAGGUGUGUGUGCAUUUGUAUGUGUGUAUUUGUGUAUGUAUGUGCAUUUGUAUGUGUGUGUGUAUGUGUGUAUGUUUAUGUGUAUAUGUGUGUAUAUUUGUGUGUGCGUUUGUGUGUAUGUAUGUGUGUGUAUUUACUUGUGUAUGUGUGUGUGCAUUUGUGUGUGUGUUUGUGUGUGUAUAUGUGUAUAUUUGUGUGUGUAUUUUGUAUGUGUGUAUUUGUGUGUGUUUGUGUGUGUAUGUUUGUAUGUAUGUGUGUAUAUUUGUGUGUGUGUAUUUGUGUAUUUGUGUGUAUUUGUGUUUGUGUGUGUGCAUUUACUUGUGUAUGUGUGUGUGCAUUUGUAUGUGUGCAUUUGUUUGUGUGUGUAUGUGUGUGUGUAUGUGUGUGUGUUUGUGUGUAUGUAUGUGUGUAUUUACUUGUGUAUGUGUGUAUAUUUGUGUAUGUGUGUGUGUAUGUGUGUGUGUAUUUGUGUAUUUGUGUGUGUAUAUUUACUUGUGUAUGUGUGUGUGUGUGUAUGUGUGUGUGUGUGUUUGUGUGUAUGUAUGUGUGUGUGCAUUUACUUGUAUAUGUGUGUGUAUUUGUGUGUGUUUGUGUGUGUAUUUACUUGUGUAUGUGUGUGUGCAUUUGUGUGUGUAUUUGUUUGUGUGUGUGUGUUUGUAUGUGUGUCUGUGUGUGUGUAUGUAUGUGUGUGUGUAUUUACUUGUGUAUGUGUGUGUAUUUGUGUGUGUGUAUUUACUUGUGUAUGUGUGUGUAUUUGUGUGUGUGUAUUUACUUGUGUAUGUGUGUGUAUUUGUUUGUGUAUGUGUGUGUAUGUGUAUUUGUUUGUGUAUGUGUGUGUAUGUGUGUUUGUGUGUGUGUAUUUACUUGUGUAUGUGUGUGCGUAUUUGUUUGUGUAUGUGUGUGUAUUUGUUUGUGUAUGUGUGUGUGUGUGUGUGUAUGAAUGUAAUCCACCCAGAAGAAGGGGUUAGAUCUCCUGAACCUGGAGUUACAGUUGGCUGUGGAAUGUGACGCUUGGGUGGUGUUGAGAACCGAACUGUAGUCCCUGGCAAGAGCAGUUCAUGCUUAUAAUUCAAAUCAUCUUGAAACGUUGUUGAAGUCCCUUCUUACAGUAUUUUAUAAAAUGAGCAACCUUAAGUACUACUCUGCAAGAUUUGUUUUCAUUUAGAAAAACACAUAAAUAAUUGGAAUUUUACCUAAUUUAUAAAGAUUUGAAAUCAUUUUAUGAGACUCAUUCAACAGCCACGCCCUGUAGUGAAGCUAAAUGCUUAAAGAAUAGAUGAUUGAUUCAUUCACCAUCUAAGAGCAUAUGCAAAAGUAGCCAUGCCUCUCACUCUAUACAAUAUACUCUAGACAGAGCAAAGAUGUAAACGUCAAAAGGAAAACUUUAAACACUUAAUGAAAAACAUAGUAAAUGGAUUACAUAGAUAGACUUAGGAAAACACUUCUUGUAUGGGGAACCAAAUACAUUGAUUAUAAAAUAUGUGCAUUUCAUCCGUCAACAUUAAGAACUCUGGUUCAUCUAGAAAGCUUUCUAAGAAAAUGAAAAGUUCUGUCACACCUACAAAAUUGUCGAAGGACUGAUGUCAGCAACACAAGAAUCACACACAGUGAGUCUGGAAAAUGAAUUACUUCAUCGGUAGACAUGUCAUCGAGGAAGAAACUGAGGUGGUCAGCCAGGAAACAGGAAGGCACAGUGUGACGAGUCAUGUUUAUUAGUCACCACGGAAAAGCAGACGCAGAUGAUAUUACUGCACUGUAGUCUUAUUUUAGGGAAAGCUAUAAUCUAGUGCUAUCCACUAUUGAGAGGAUAGAGGUCCACUGUAUGCUUGUUUCUGGUCGAAAUGCAAAUUGGUCUCCUCAUUUUAGACGUUUUUAAACAUUUUGGAAAAAAUGGCUGCUCUUAUAUCAUAUGACUCAGCAUAUAUGUCUGCUUCUAGGUAACUCAUAAUUCUCACAUGUGUGCAACAGAAAGCCAUGUAAGAGCGAGGGAAGUAUAUGGGAGGGGCUGGGGGAAGGGAAGGGGGAGGGGCUGGGGAAACAAUGUAAGUAUAACUUCAAGAUAUAAAACCAUUUUAAAAAUGGAUAUAUAACUACAUUAAAAUGGAUCAUCUCUUACCAGUGAUGAGAGCGUGUUAUGCACAAGGCUUGUGUUGUAGACUUCAGGUACACAGAGGAAAAUGUUCUCCUAACCGGGAAGGAAAUUUAGUAUUUGACUAUAUGCUCAUAGUUGGUAUGGCAGGCUGUAUUCUGCUUCCGUCCUUUUAUUCUCUACUGAUGCAUUUUUAGAUUAGGCUACAUGAAAAACAAACAUUUUAGGCCCAGUGAGAUGGCUUAAUGGGUAAAGAUCCCUGCUGCUUGAACUUGCAGCCUGUGUUCCGUUCCCAGGAAGGUGCCUCACAUUGCUCUCCUGACCUCCACAUGCAAACAUGGCCGUGUGUGAGUGAAUACACAUAGGUCACAUGCUGAAAAAAAAAAUCAGAAAAACUCAUCUUAGAUCUUAGUUCUUUACCAUAUGAAAUGGAAGGGUAGGCAUAAUUAAUUUUGUUGCCUCACAAAAUUAUUUCACAUAUUUUCUAAAGGAAAGGCCAGUGUUUAGAACAUAAAAAAAUUUGAAAGCCCAUAAAGAUACUUGAGGCAUUUGAAGUGUUGAACAUUUAAAAUAUCAGGCUACAGACACCUCCUAGAAAUCUGUUGAGUCUUGAGCUCAGUAUUCUGGAUCAGUAGUAGAAUUUCAGAUGUAAAUAUUGAAUAUCCAAAAUACACUUCCUAAAAUGUACUGUGUUUGGUGUUUUGGAACAAAAUUGGAAGCAUUUUGUUCCAGAACAGCAAAAGUAAACCUACCCGAAUUCCUGCAAAUGGAAUACAAUAUAAAUAUAGUCGUAGAUAAAAACCCUAACCAAACAGAGGAACUAGCCAGCAAGAAGGGUCUCAUGUCGGCUUACAAAAUGAAUAGACAACCACUAGGAUUUGAAUACAGUAGUUUGCAAUGGAACCUCAAUACUCACUCCUGUGUGUCUUGGUUCGUUAAGGCUGCCAGGAUAAAACCCUGCCAGUUGGGUGAUUGUAGAUGGCAGAGAAAUAUUUUCUCAUAACUCUGGAGGUGAGAAGCCCAAGAUGAAGGCACUAGCCGACGAGCAUCCUUUAUGUUUCCUCUUCCUCCAAGAGCAGUAGUCGUAUGGAUUAGAGCUUCUGACAGUUCACUGUCUCCACCUUACCUGUCUCCAAAGGCUUUGGGAUGUAUGGACCUAAGAGGAGCACAGCUGGGUCCCUCGGAGCAUCCUGUCCUGUGACCGGUUCUAGGCUGGAGGCUUGCCUGCUGCUCCAGAUGAAGCCUACAGUGUGUGUCUCACAGAUGCACAUGGGAUAAGGAAGGACCCACAAAUUACAGGAAAAUAGUAUCAUGCUACCAUCCUCAAAUCUCUGUUGUUUCAAUCUGUCUGUCAUUUACUCUAUGAAAUCAUCACCUCUUGUGCCAGCCACCCAGGACAGGAAAGGCAGCUGAUGUCUGAUAUUUUACUGACACCAGAGUAGCAGUGAGGUCUGGUGGACCCUCCUGUGCUUUUCCCCCAUGAUUGAUUGAAAUCUAAUAUUACUGCGCUAAGGGGUGACGGUGAUGGACAGUAGGUGUGAGGGGCAGGAUGAUGGUUUUCUUUUUCCUUUUAAAAAUUUUUAUUUUUUUGAAAAUUUCAUAUAUACACACACACACGUAUACAACAUGUAUUUCUUUUUAAAAAGAUUUAUUUAUUUAUUAUAUAAAUAUGAGUACAUUGUAGCUGUCUUCAGACAUACCAGAAGAGGGCAUCAGAUCCCAUUACAGAUGGUUGUGAGCCACCAUGUGGUUGCUGGGCACUGAACUCAGGACCUCUGGAAGAGCUGUUAGUGCUCUUAACCACUGAGCCAUCUCUCCAACCCCGCAACAUGUAUUUCUUACAUAUAUAUUACGCAUACAUAUAACCCUUGCUAUCCCAGCUCCCCUCAGAUUUCCCUAUCAUAUCUGCCUUCCAAUUUUAUGUCCUCCUAUUAUAAUUAUUUAUUAAUUUUUAAACCAUUGACUCUUUCAAUAUAUUCAGAUAGCAUCCCCAUCACACCAGUGCAAAAACAUAAAUAUAUAUAAAUAUUUGGUGGUAUUUUGUGUACUUGGAUUUACGGCCUGAAGAUGUGGACUUGGCACUGUAUACUCAUUCAAGUCUGUUUAGAUACAGUGGCCUCUACCAACAGGAACUGAGAAAGAUGGAGUUGUAAGAGGGCUUGGCCCAAGGCUAAAGACUUGUGAACUGUAAAAUUCUUACCACAGCUUUUGUGAUAUGCUGUGAUAAAUAGAAAAAAAAUGUCAAAAAACCGUGUGGAAUACUGGCUUCUGCUGAAGUGUCAGGGGUAUCUGGCAUAGAAACUUGGAAUCUGGGGACCAGGAGAGGCUCACAUAGGCUGUACAUAGAAGGCAUUGCACUGUGCUUUCAGUUUGAUAAUGUUGUAGCCAAGAUUACUGUACUUGCUUCUCUUGUGAAUUUGGAAUUAAGAAAAAAACCAAAAAAAAAAAAAAAAAAAAAAAAAAAACCAAACUACAUUAUAGAUAAACCCUUACUUAAAGGAAGCCAGUUUUGAGAAAAUAUUUUAAAGGAUAGCCACUAUAUAUUUUUAGAAGUUAGCUUCAGUCUAAAUGACAAAAAUCAUGUUUUAAUUAAUUUAUAAUGGGUUCAAAGACAUUUUAAUCACAUGAAGCCUAUGAGUUAAUAUGUUGCCCAUUUGGGAUAAAUGACAAGUUAAUAACAAAAUAACAUUUUUGGGGGAAAUUGCUGGGCACUCUUAAUACGAGGGUUUGAAUGAAAGUACCCUUAAUAUAUAAGCUCAUAUGUUUGAAAACCAGGACUCCAGUUGGUGGGGCCAUUUGGGAAGGGCUAGGGGGUUUGGCCUUGUUGGAGGAGGCAUAUCAUUGGGGGGUAGGUUUUAAGAAUUCAAAAGACUUGGGCCAUUCAUAGCACCUCACUCUGCCUGUGGUCAUAGGAUAUGAGCUCUUACCUGUUACUCCAGUACCAUGUCAGCCUGUCUGCUGCCGUGGUCUAUGCUAGAAACCUUCUGAAAUUGUAAAUGCCCCCCCCCCCCAAUUAAAUUAUUUCUAUUAUAAAUUUUCUUGGCUAUGGUGGUUUAUCACAGCAAUAGAAAAAGAUCUAAGGCUAUGUAAUGAAUCUCACAAAGACAAAAAAGCAACCUGUGCACUCCUGACGGAGCUUCUUCAUGUUCAUGUGACUGAGAGGGCCAAGUGACGGUCAAUACCACAGGCUUUAGGUCCAAUAGACCCUCACUCAUAGUAGAUAUCUGAAGUUGUAGCUUACACAUUGCUUUUCUGAAAAGUGGAAAUGUCACAACUUCAGUGGCUGGAAAGAUGGUUCAGGGGUAAAGAGCAUUUGUUCUCGUAGAGGAUUUGAUUCAGUUCCCAGGAUCCACAUGGAUUCUCACACUGUCUGUGCCUCUAGUUGCAGGGAGUCUGACGACCUCUUCUGAUCUCCAGACACAUGAAUGGUGUAAAUACAUACAUUAAAUGUAAGCAAAACACUCAGAUGCAAAAUAUAAUAAAUAUACCUAAAAUGAAAAAAAAAAAAAAACAACAAAAAACCAAAACUACAGCUCCACAGCCUGGUUGUGGAUUUUAAUCUAAUCGCACAGUUGUUGGGCCUAACAAUAGAACUAAUUAUUAUUAUUGCUGAAAGUUUUACUAAUUGGAGGUUUUUAAUAGCUUGACCCAUGUUCUAUAGUGUUUUGCUUGGUUGAUUUAACAAAUUAUCUUCAAUUGUUUAGGCAGGCAUUAUGCAUGUUUGAACUCUUAAACAAUUUAAUUUUCUCAUACACAUUAGAAAUAAUGUACACAUGAAAAAUGCCUUCACGUGGAAGUGAACUUCCAAGCCUGGUAAACAAGCAAACAAACAAUAACGAGACAGUGAAUGUGAGUGAGGUUUUCCCUGGUUUCUGUAUAGAUAUUAUAGAUAUUUUGCGUUCAUAUGUCUGAAUGUAUUCCAGAUACAUGCUUGGUGCCCAUAGAGGCCAGACGAUCCAUAGGAUCCCUGGAUGAGAAGUUACAGCUUCUAAGCCGCCACGUGGGUCUUCAGAAUUGAACCAGAUCUUUUAGAAGGUCAGCAAGUGCUCUUAACUCCUGAGUGACCCCAAAUUAUUGUUUUUGGAGCUGGGAAGGGGAGCCCAGGGCCUCAUGCACCUAGCAACGUUGUUACUGAAAUAUUUCUUGGGCUAAGAAUAAAACCUUUAAAAUAAUCUUUCUCAGCUUCCAAAGCAGACUAGCAGAUAGAGACGACAAUUCUAAUGCUCUCCAGCAAGUACUGAUAAUGACGUUAAAAUGUAGUCGUUUGUAUUCAUUUAGUGUUAUUUUAUUUAUCUAGAAACAUUUUAACCAAAGUGAAAAAGCUUUUGUCGGUGAGUGUCUGACGGAGGCUGUUGCUGUCAGUAAGCAGCUGGGAGGUAUCAACUCAGGAGGCUGAGAUGUCUGCGCUCACCCUGAGGAAGUGACUCUGCUCCAUGCUUCCUAGUACAGUUUCCUUUAAUGCUAGUCUUCCUUAAGAAAGUCACCUCAGGUGUAUCUCCCAGGUCUUGGGGCUGCACAAUUGACUACUCAAGGUCAGUAGUUCUUAACCUGUGGGUCAGGACUCCCUUGGGGAUCAGCAGCUCCUUUACAGUGGCACAUAUUCAGGUAUUUAUAUUAUGGAUCAUAACAAUAACAAAAGCACAGUUAUGAAGUGGCAAUGAGGAUAAUUUUGUGGUUGGGUGUCACUACAGCACAAGGAACUGCACUGAAAUGUUGUGGCAUUAGGAAGGUUGAGGACCUCUGGUCCAGGCACUGUGUCGAGCUGUGACUUGUGAUGGUUGGUCUCCAUGUGGUAUAAAACGAAGGGUCUUUUAUGAGGUGUAUCAGUUACACUUAUCUGUGGGUUUAAGGAUGAGACUUACAGAUGUAGUAAGGAAUUCCACUCGUUUAGCACAGUGACUGUGGUUGACUCGUUUCUGAAGUCCCCAGUAGCCCUGGCAAGCUGGGUAGAUGUCCAGCACCGGGAAUGGUUUCACUCCUGUCUAGUAGACCUUAACUCAAUUAGACAGCUGUUGGUUUCCACCUGUACAUGAGUGCCACCAUUGCACGUUUGUGAUGAUGCUGGUAUUGUCAUGGGUCUCAGGUACUGUAGCUUGUUAUUUAUGUUAAUUGCUUUUCUCCCUUGGCAGCUUGAAUAGCAUUUUCUGGUAACUUGGAAGUUAGAAUGAAGAAAAGAGGAUUUCAGGUUAAAUCCAGUACCAGGAGCAAGUCUUGUGUCCCAAGGAUUCAGUGUCUUCAGCAAUGGGGGCUCAUCUUCAACCUCUUAGAGGCAUCCAAGGGCAACAGUGGCACCCUAUGCUGCUUUGAGAGUAACAUGGACUAUCCUGACCAACCAUUUGAAAGGACAUUUCUCAGGAUAUUUGGUACUGGCUUUUUUGUUAGUCUGUGGUAGUUGUGAGGAGACCAACUAAUAUAACUUACACACACACACACACACACACACACACACACACACACAUACGCACAAAUAUGCACAUACAUGUAUAUGAAAAGCAUUGUGAGACUAAGUGGUGUAACUUACACACACACACAAUUAUGUGUAUUGUGUAUAGUUUCAGGUAAAUAUAACAGCUCCUAUAUCUGCAGGUCAGAGAACAUUGAGGAAUAGGGGUAGAAAAGUUGUUCAGAGUUAGAAUACCAGGAAGUCCCUCCUUAGAAUGGCUGAACAAAGAAGACAGGAACACUGGCAAUAUCAAUAGAUGUGCUAACAUGGACGGAGAAAAAUCUUACAGGGCUUCAACCCUAGGGGAAGAGCUCCAAGGUAAGUAAAGGCCACUGAGAAAGGAAGAUUAACUUCUCCUUGGGAUGAGCCCUCAUUUGGUUAUCUAGGACAAUGUGGUCACCCCUGAGGCCCACACAAACAGCAGAAGUGGACUCGGCAGGUUAUAUUUAUAUAACAGAGCAUAAUUAUCCAUACAUUUAUAGGUAACAAUAACAAUCAAAGUAAAAGAGGCUAUUGAUUUAAGAUUCGUGGGCUGCCAUGGGAGGAGUUGAAAGAAUGCAAUAUACUAAUAUAUGUUAGUAUAUACGUAUAUAUACAUAUAUUUAUAUAUACUAUAUAGUAUAUAUAAAUAUAUACAGUAUAUUAUAUACUAUGUAUAUAUAUACACUACAUACUAUACAUAAUAUGCAGUAUAUGUACACAUACAUUUCUAUAUACAUUUAUGUGUAUGUCUGUAUAAUAUAUAUAAAUAUAUGUAUAUACACAUGUGUAUAUGUAUCUAUGUACACACGAAUAUGUAUAUGUGCAUACAUUUAUAGAUACACACACACACAGACACACCGACACACACACACACACACACACACACACACAUACACACAUGCUUACAAAAGUUAAGCUGGGGCUGGAGAGAUUACUGAGUAUUUGAAAGCAUUUGCUCUUCUUGUCAAGGUUUUUCAGCAGCUAUGUGACAGCUCAUAAACUUCUGUCAGUCCAGUUCCAUUGAAUCUUACACCUUUUUCUGCCUUCAGGGGACACCAGGCACUCAUGUGGUACACAACUCUAUAUCUUACCCCCCUCAAAUAAUACAUAAUACAUACAUACAUAAAUUCAUACAUACAUACACUUAUAAAAAGAAAUAAAAUCCAAUGGUUUGAAGUCGGGGACCCUUGUGGUUGAAUUAGGGAAAGGCUGGAAGAGGCUGAGGAGGAGGGCGACCCCAAAGGAGGACCAGCAGUCUCAACUAACCUGAACCCCUGAGAUCUCUCAGAUACCGAGCCACCAGCCAGGUAGCAUACAACAGCUGAUAUAAGGCCUUCAACACAUAUAUGGCAGAGGACUCCUGGGGCUGGCCUCAGUGAGAGAAAAUGCACCUAACCCUCUAGAGACUUGAGGCUCUGGGAGUGGGGAGGCCUGGCAGGGUGGGGUGGGGGAGUGGGGACAUCCUCUUGGAGAUGGGGGAGGAGGUAUGGGAUGAGGAACUGUGCGAAGGCCAAUUGGGAGGGGGAUAAAGACUGGGCUGUAAAAAACUAAAAGAAAGAAAGAAAGAAAGAAAGAAAGAAAGAAAGAAAAUAAAAAUAUUUAAAAAAUAAAUUUAUUUUACCUUAUUAUAUUAGAAUUCUUAAAAAAAAAAUCUAAUGCAAACUUUAGGAGCCUAAACCAGAGGAAACAAUUGCCUUAAUAAUCCUCCAGUACUCGCAAUUUCCUUUUUUAUUUUGACAUGGGGUUUUGUCCCCCCCCCCCCAGCCCCCACUUUCUCACAGCUUUAUUAACUCUUCCUCUUGAUUCUUGCUCUUUUAUCAUUUUGAAAAAAAAUGUGUAUUUUCCAGAGUUGAAAAGCAACCUGAUUUGUUUUUACUCCCUAACUACUUUUACUCCCAGGCUCCGGCGAGGGUGGGUUUGAGCAGGAUCCAAAUAUGAAAGCAAAAAUUAAAGUCUGAAAAACGCUGAGAAGCAGGUUUCUCCUGUGGGCAUUUUGUCUUGACCUGAGUGGAAGGUCUGAUGGGGAGGUGGGGAAGGAAGGGUUGGGUCCGUUUGACCUCUGCUGAAGUCAAAGGGAAGUGCGAUCCUGCAGAAACAGAACACUACUACUGGGAGAAGAAACUCUCUCACACAAAUCUCCCAGUUGCUGCUGUGGCUCCUGGCAGGGAAGCUGUUCUCACUUUUUAAAUUAUUUUAUUUGUUUACAUUUCAAAUGUUGUCCUUUUUCCCAGUUUCCCCUCCACAACCCCCCUAUGCCUUCCCUCCUCCCCCUGCCUCUAUGAGGGUGUUCCCUACGCGCCCACACACUCCCUGCCUCAGUGCCUUUACAUUCUGUGCCCUACACUGGGUCAUUGAGCCUUCACAGGACCAAGGGGCUUCCUUCUUAUUGAUGCCAAAUAAGGCAAUUCUCUGCUACAUAUGCGGCUGGAGCCGCGGCUCCCUCCAUGGUUGGUGGUUUCGUUCCUGGGAGCUCUGGAGGGUCUGGUUGGUUGCUCUUCCUAUGGGGUUGCAAACCCCUUCAGCUCCUUCAGUUGUUCCGUUCCUCUAGCUCUUCCAUUUGGAACCCUGCGCGCCCAGUCAGCUCAAUUCGAUGGUUGGCUGCAAGCAUCCUUAUCACGUCUGUAUUGGUCAGGCUCUGGCAGAGGUCUCUCUCAGGGGACAGCUAGGAGGCAGCUGCCAUCACGGUGGGAUCUUAGGGACAAGCGCUGAAGUAGCAAACCUCUGCAUCCAUGUAAAGUGGAGAACACUGAAUGGUGGUUUGGUAUUGCGCUGUAGCGUCUCAGGAAGGUGGCUGGGAUGCCAUCUUUAGAGGAAACUCAGAUUUGAUAGUGUAGAAAUUUACAUUAGGAAUUCAAAACGUCCUUCUCUUUUGCCUUCAUUCUCCCAGAUGGGAGAAGCCAGAAAACUUUUGGGAAAAUACCUGAAUUAGGGGGCUCAUGUAUUUUCAUUCAACCAUUAUGCCUUUCUUUUUAAUUAAUUAAUUUUUUACACUCCAUACUUUAUUUCCCCUGGCCACCCUCCCCCAUACACCCUCUGACUGUUCCACAUCCCAUACCUCCUCUUAACCCCCUGCUUCCACAUGGAUGCCCCUCCCCACCUGACCUUUAAACUCCCUGGGGCCUCCAGUCUCUCGAGGAUUAGGUGCAUCGUCUCUGAAUGAUCACAGACCUGUAAGUCCUCUUCUGUAUGUGUGUUGGGGACCUCAUAUCAGCUGGUGUAUGCUGCCUGGUUGGUGGUCCAGUGUUUGAGUGAUCUCAGGGGUCCAGAUUAAUUGAGACUGCUGGUCCUCCUACAGGAUUACUCUUCUCAGCUCCUUUCAGCCUUCCCUAAUUCAUCAACAGGGGUCAGCUGGAGCGCUCACAAGGGACCUAGCAUAACCACACUCUGGAAGACCCAGCAGCUGAAAGAGUCCAAUGCAGAUGUUUGCACCCAACCAGUAGACAUUAUACUUUUCUUUACAUUUAUCACACCGUGUAGCAUGAACUAGGAUUAUGCCUACCAUUCAUUGAGUGUGAACAGACACCAUCCUAAGUCGAGUCUGUGAGCCGCUAAUGGCAGCAUGCUCUGGGUGGCUCCCUUAGGUGUUGCCCUCUACAGGGCUGGCCAGAAAGCCUUACCCUCUGAGCAUCUCUUCUGACUUCUGGUGGGUUUAUUUGGCUGUUGAUUGGCAUGACACAUCCCUCUCCAUGCUAACACUAGAUGGUGCUUCAAUUCAUCAGAGCACUUAGCAGGAAAUCACGGUAUGAAGGUAGAAGAGUUAGGAAAAGACGCUCUACGAUGGCCAUGCACCGACAGCCAACCGUAGGAUGGAUCGGGAUUUUGGUAAGUUGCCACACUUAACUCAUCUCUGCUAUGCAUUUUGUCGGGCGGUAUGCAUUAUUUAGGUGAAUGCAGAACUCCUCCUUGUACGCAACAUAAUACAUUUUUAAUGGCUAAUGAUUAUAUAGAUAAUCUCAUGCGAGGGAGCAGCCGAUUGUUUCCCUUUCGCUAUCAUUAUAAAUUUACUUCUGAACAAAUUAAAAAUGAAAUCAUCAUCCCUGGCGGAUGGGCAGGAAAACAAAGGCUUAUUAAGAAUUUGCUUUUCCCCUGGCGAGCUAUAUUAUCAAUAAUCAUCUUAGUCCAUAAUGUAUGUGGUUUGGCAUGACAUAUUAAUUUGUUCUGAUUUAAUGGUGGAGAAACCAUUACCAUUUUAUAGUUCUUUUUGCUGUUUUUUUUUUCCUCUGUCUUAGGGACUUGGCGGUAGUCACGUGUCCUCUGUAAAAAAAGUUUGCAUUAUGGUAAUCACAGUGACUGGAACGAAGUACAAGCAAUAAAAAUUAAAAUAGAGGCUGAGUUCUUCCUGUUACAAAGACAGGAACAUUUCUUCUACCCCCUCCUUUAAAAAAAAAGUCUUUAGCUCAGAGAACUUGUAAUUGUAUUUUCUCCUGUCUUUGAAAUGUCUUUUUAAAAUCCUUUUGGACCUUAUGUCAGCUUUAGGACUUAGGAAUGUCUGGAGGCCAUCCCUUUGAAGUAUAAGCCCCUAGGGAGAAAGCACCCUGGACUCUCAGUGUCUCUGGAAUCAUAGGAGUCUAAACUGAGCUAGGAUGCUCAAAGGGGCAGGCUGUUCACAUUCCAGAGCCUUCUGUCAUGAAAAUAUGAGACGUCUGAGUCUGUUCUCAAUAACACCAGUUAGCCCAGUAGGUCUCAACCUGAGUGUCAAGAGAACCCCUCUGGGGCAAACAAGCCUUUCACAGGGGUCGCCUACGAUCAUCAGAAAACAGAGGUUUACCUUAUAAUCCAGAGCAGUGGCAAAGUUAGAGAUCUGAAGAAGCCACAGAAAUAAUCUUAUGGUUGGGGUUCACCGUAACACGAGGAACUGGAUUAAAGGGGCGCAGCAUUAGGAAGGCUGACAACCACCUAGCUAGGUAAUGUAGAUGGACUCCCAGUCUCUAGGUACACAAUUGGAAUGAAAUGUGUGAAAUGGUGCCGGUGAGUUUUCUUACUUGAGAAGUUAUUAUUGCUUAUCUUGAAGCUCUUUGAAAUUAUUAAUAUUUGUCUGACAUAUCAAACAUAAGAUAGUGUUCAGUCUUUGUAUCUGCUAGCAGGUUACCUUGAUGUAUCUAUAACACAGGCAGGUUUCAUGCUUAUUCAAUAAUAUAAGAAAAAUCUUUUACUCUCUUGAUGGAGAGGGUGACUUGGUUGGGAGAUUUCCCUUUUGAUUCUGUUUCCAUAAUAACCGAUGUCCUUGUUGUAAAAAUAGCACCUUGACCAGCGUGUCUUCUCUUUGUGUUGUCUCUCUUCUUUAGUCAGUUGUGCACUUCAGAGAGGUCCUCAGUGGCUAAAGUCACAAAGAAUUAGAUGUAAUAUGAAAAAAGCAACAAAACAAAACAAAAUGAAACAGAACAAAACAACCAAAUUAGCGAGGAAAAAAACCAAAACAACAACAACAACAACAACAACAAAAACCAACCAAAAAGCCAAACCAAUAUCUUCUCCCCAAAUAAUCUAUUUUUAGGCUAAUUUUAAUCUCUGAGAGUAAUCGCUAUUCAUUCUAAAUACCACUUGCUUCCCAUUAUGUUGUAGGAUCUCGCCAAACGUUCAGCGUGGCAUUGCUAAUGCAAAGGUGACUGCGGCCCAGGAAUGAUUUAUGCCUCUGGAGUUUCAGAGGUCUAAAAAUAGGGCUCGAUGUUACUUUAACGCGUGCCAUGCUACACAGGCACAAUAGGGUUAGAGGAGAUGGAGUUUCAUCCUGAACUCUCCGUUUCCUUCCUUUGUCUCCGAAUCUGAGAAGUGACUGAGUAAUUAGAUGUUCCUCAUUUGUCGCUUGUAUCAUUUCCUCUCAGCGCACAGCACCCAGUCCUGCGGGCCCUGACGUGUUGGUGGGGAAACAUGUAGUCUAUGAAUAGCCAUUCCCCUCGACUCUUGUUGCUGUUUUAACUUGAAGAUUUGGAACUGGACGAUACACAGAGACUGUAUCAUAUCGUAUCUAUGCUCCUAGGUUCGGAUGGGGGUCUCUCACUGGACGUGGAAAUAAGCUGGUGACCAGCAAGCCCUAGCGUCUCUGUCCAGUGACUGUUACAGGAGCACAGGACCAUGCUGCCCAUCAGUUUUAUGUGGACACUGGGACUGAACUGGUACCUGUGCUUGUGCAGCGAGGGCUCUUACCCACUGCGCUGUCUCUUCAGCUUGCAAUGAGUAUCUAUUCAGUGAAUGAUCACCAAGAGUUCAGAUGCCUGCCCGGGAACUUCACAAUUAAAUGUGCUAAUACAGUCUCAGGAGAAAACGAUUGCCACACCUGCUUUUCUAAAAGUGAGGAGGAAAAAAAGGAUGAAUAAGAGAUACUUGCAGAAAGCAACACAAGGAAAGCUUCUGAUAAUUAUUUUUAUAGUGACCUUGUGGGGGAAAGCCGUUUCCAGCGCCAACCAUCACAAAGCUCACCAUGUUAGAACUGGGACUUGCGAGGUUGUGGCGCUGCACAGAUGCUGUAAUAAGAACAAGAUAGAAGAACGGUCCCAAACGGUCAAGUGCUCCUGCUUCCCUGGGCAGGUGGCAGGCACUACCCGAGCUGCUCCGUCUUGUGUGGAUGCAUCCAUAGUGGAACAAAAGUGGUGGUGUCAUAUGCAGCCAUGCCUGGAGGGAGAGGAAUGUAAAGUCCUUCCAGAUCGCAAAGGAUGGAGCUGUUCCUCUGGAAACAAAGUAAAAACAACUAGGGCAAACGUGUAAAACUCUUCACGUUGGAAUGGAGAAAUAGAAAGAGAAGGUUUCUGCUGUGCCUGAUGACAAUUUUUGAUUUUCCACAUUCAAAGUUAUUCUGGCUCCACGCUGGAGCAGUAGUUAUGGCGAAUCCUAGUGUUGGUCGGAUUCUGAGGAAGGGGCAGAAGUUUCCUUGAGAAGUAAAGAUUCCAAACAACUCCAGAAAUGAGCGCCUGUCUCCUUUCAUUUCUCACAGAGCAGCAGGUAACCCAUUAACCACUCCUAAAUCAAAUAAUACUGAUGGCUGGGUUCAUGGAGACACAAGAAUAGAAACUGGACUCCUGCCGUGACCUUGAAGAUUUUUAUACUGCUUAGAAGAGACAUUUAAAAUCCAUUUCCAAGGAAUUCUAUGGCUUUUCAUCUACUUCUUAGUGAAACUAAGACUUUACAGAAGUCUACAGUGAACGUUGGGUCCUGAAGACUUCAUCCGCUGUGAACUAACGCUUGGCUCACAACACUUCUGAGGGAAGGGGGCGCAGUUCUCCACGGAGCUGGGAUAGAGUUGGUUUUCUGGGGUGACACCAGAGACUGUCACCUUUAAGGUUCCUUGCUUCAGCUGUGACUGUUCUUGUGUCUGAAGCUGCUUCCCAAGCUGACUGUCCUGUCAUUGAUGUGUUCCUGGCUCUUUUGCUCCUUGUCUAGUAGGACUAUGCACAGCUUUGAUGACGUUCCCUUUGUAAACUCUUCCAGCAUGGCGUAGACAGGGGCAAUUUUAUUGGUAUUCUAACCUUGAAACUCUGAAAGCCUACAUGUUGUAAUGUCUUACUCUUGCCUCUGUGAAAGGAAUAGAAGUAUUUACCCAUCGAUAAUGAUAAUCAUUGGCAAAUCACAAUGAUCUGAGUAUAUCCCUCAUAUAACAAUGUGUAGGCGACCUGACACGUUUCCCCAAGGCUAACACGUGACUGCAGCUCUCUGACGGUUGAACAGAUAGCAGUUAGGAUUGGAUUCCAAUUCCCAUUACACAGUGCUCUGUGCCUCUAGUGCACCCUUCCUUCCAGGGUUGGUUGGUUUUUUUUGUUUUUGUUUUUGUUUUUUUUAAGUGUACUUUCCUUUUACUUUAUUUCACAGAACUCAUCAGUAUACAGUCAAGUUAGCAGAGAGCUUUUGAUUUAAAAUAAUAAAAUAAAAUAAAACCCGCCAGGGAUGCAUGUGCUUCUCUGAUUUCUCAUCACUUACAUUUUUCUUUCUGUCUCAUUUUAAGGUCGUCUCUUGCUCGAUCCCAAUGACUGCUUGAAUGCUUAUGUAUUUGUUCAGUCUGUGGCUAGAAAAAAACAAAACCUGUUGAUUUUCCUUGACCACAAAGGUCUAAAUACUCACUUACGGUUGUUCCAUUCAAACAAUUCUUGGCCAGUAUUUUGUCCAUAUUUUCUCACCCUAAAACUUGUGAUUUUUAGUUCUUCGUGGUUUUUCUUACAAAUAUUUAAAGGCCUUAAACGUUGAUUUACCUUUUUCUAAGUUAUUACAGAAUGUAUAAUUUUGUACGGCGUUUAUUUUGUUUCACUUGUGAUGUGGGGGAAGGGAACAGUGGGUACUGAGUUGCCACCCUAUAAUAAUAAUACCAUGUAAACUUAUAGUUUGAAGGCAUAUAAAAGCAAGGGUUUUCCAUGUCUUAAUUAUUUUAGCUUGAUCAAAAGAUGUUUCACAGAUCAUCCUAUUAGGGGGUCCAUCAUUUUAGUAAAAGAGUGAAGAUGUGUGGGACUUCUUGUAUUUCUAGGACUCACUGACAAAGCCAGUUAACCUUAGGUUGGUUUCUAGGAUGGAGGUUCAUAUAUUCUAGAGGAGAAUUUGUACCUGUUAGUCUGUAACAAUACUCAAAGGGUCGCACAGUAACUAGGACCUUUGGUGGGAAGAACAGCUAAAAGUGCAAAAAUCUGUUAAAAAAUUAAAUUGGAAAACGACACUUUUAAUAUUGAUUGAAAGUCAACUGCCUCAUGAAACUGUGGGACAAAGUGAUUCCUGACUCACUUUUAAUUGCAUAAAACCAACUGGGUGGUUCUACGUGGGUUUUGUUAUGGAUCAGUUCUACACAGAGUCAAAAUGUAAGGAGUAACAGUUAUGUUGGACUUUCUCUGUCAAACAAAUUAUCACUACUUUCUUUGGUUCAAAAUGAAAAACUAUCAUUUUGGAUAUUAUGAGUUUAUCCUAGGUUGGUUUGAAAUUAUGGAUCAUGCUUCUCAUUGCGAAAUCUAUGUCAUUUAAAACAACACUGGAAAUUCUGUAUUAUAUAAAAGUGUAAUACAUGCGUAUCAAUAGAAAAAAAUAAAUGAAAUUUCAAAUAUAUGAACAAGAAUAUUCCCAGUAGAUUAAUGUUGUGACUAUUCUGAAAAAAAUAAAUAAAAUUGGAAUAUAAAAUAGACACUCCUUUCACAAGUACAAUUUGGAAAAUCUGAUUUCUUGUAUCUUAUUUUUAAAGUACCCUAGUUAGUAACCAGUACAACUCUGAAUUUAGAUGGAAACUGACAAAUUUUUAAAUCCUCUUUUAAUAAAAUUCUGUGCUUAACGUUC